AAAUUGGUCUGGCUUCACUAUUUUUUAGAAGUCUGGCAACGCCGCGACGAAUACAACCUUUGGACCCCCAACCCUCCCCUUGCAUUUUAGACAAUCUCUGUCUGUGGCUGCUUGAGAGAAAAUGGCUCGUGUUUUGGUUGGAGUAAAGCGUGUGAUCGACUAUGCCGUCAAGGUGCGCGUCAAGCCCGAGAAGAAUGGCGUUGUCACACAGGGCGUCAAACACUCGAUGAAUCCCUUCGACGAGAUCGCCGUCGAGGAAGCUGUCAAGCUGAAGGAGAAGAAGCUGGCUGGCGAGAUUGUCGCCGUCUCCGUGGGUCCCACGCAAUCCCAGGAGGUUAUCCGCACAGCUUUGGCCAUGGGUGCGGAUCGCGGCAUCCAUGUGGAGGUCCCAGCAGCAGAGUACGAGCUGCUGCAGCCGGUGCACGUGUCCAAGAUUCUCGCCAAGCUGGCGCUGGAAGAGAAAGCGGAUCUGGUGAUUCUCGGCAAGCAGGCCAUCGAUGAUGAUGCCAACCAGACGGCUCAAAUGACAGCCGCUGUGCUCGACUGGCCCCAGGCCACGUUCUGCAACAAGGUGGAGAAGACGGACGCAGGCUUGACGAUUGUGCGCGAAAUCGACGGUGGUCUGGAGACCAUUAAGACUAAGACGCCGGCUGUGCUGAGCGCUGACUUGCGCCUGAAUACGCCACGUUACGCAACUUUGCCCAACAUCAUGAAGGCCAAGAAGAAGCCUCUAAAGAAGGUGACACCCAAGGAUCUGGGCGUCGAUACCACGCCACGCAUUGAGAUCAUCUCCGUGGAAGAUCCGCCAGUGCGUCAAGCUGGCGCCGUUGUUGCCGAUGUGGAUGCUUUGGUGGCCAAGCUGAAGGAAGGCGGCCACGUCUAAGAUGCAAAAUUUUGAAGUCGUUGCACUUGGACGCUCCAAAUAAACUGCCUGCCUGCCUCCCUCUGCUCCAUAUGGUGUGAUCCACAGUCGGAGCCAAAGGUCAAAUGCUCAAUUUUGGUAGAAACUUUUGUUUGUUCAAUUCUCUUAAACUAAGUGUGGAGUAAAUACA